GCACUCCGUAAUUUUCGUGAAUUCAGUGUCUGGACGAGUGCAAAUGUCUUAAAAAGUGUUGUUUUGGACGGGUUACAUCACAGCAAGUUUGCAAGACUUCUAAUUGGAUUGCAAAAUGUGCUUCAAAUCACGCAGGUCAUAAAGCUCAUCAGUUGAAGAGAAUCGAUCUAGCGUGGCGGGGGCACGCAGAAACCCGGUGGGUAACAACCCAAUGGUCCUGGAGAUUGGGGGGCAGGACGAAGGGGACACAGACUACGCCAUGAACUCUGCCGUCAGCACCGAGUCUAUGGAUAUGGAGGGGGAGGACAUGUCACAAGUCGACGGCUGCCUGAGCGGCGCGUCAGACGACGAUGACGACUGCGCGUCAUCACCGGCCGGCUCCAACUACGACGAUAGCGCCGAUCUCAUCAAAAACGCUAUGAGCGAUGAAGUCACCAAACAGCUGGCUGCCGCUGGUCCGGUAGGCAUGGCGGCCGCCGCCGCUAUCGCGUCCUCCAAGAAGCGCAAGCGGCCGCACUCCUUCGAGACCAACCCCUCCGUCAGGAAGAGGCAUCAGAACAGGCUGCUCAGGAAACUCAGACAAACUAUAGAAGAGUUCGCGACCCGCGUGGGCCAGCAAGCCGUGGUACUAGUCGCUACUCCAGGCAAGCCCAACACAUCAUACCGCGUGUUCGGCGCCAAGCCGCUAGAGGACGUUGUGAGGAACCUACGCUGCAUGAUCAUGGAGGAGUUGGAGAAUGCGCUCGCGCAACAGUUCGGGCUGGGCGGGGGCCCGCAGGCGCCGGCGCCGGCCUCGGACGACCCGUCGCUGUUCGAGCUGCCGCCGCUCAUCAUCGACGGCAUCCCCACGCCCGUCGAGAAGAUGACGCAGGCGCAGCUGCGGGCGUUCAUACCGCUCAUGCUUAAGUAUUCUAUGGUACGCGGCAAGCCGGGCUGGGGCCGCGAGUCGACGCGUCCGCCGUGGUGGCCCAAGGACCUGCCCUGGGCCAACGUGCGCAUGGACGCCAGGACUGAGGACGAGAAGCAGAAGAUGUCAUGGACCCACGCGCUGCGUCAGAUCGUGAUCAACUGCUACAAGUACCACGGCCGCGAGGAUCUGCUGCCCGCCUUCACUGAGGAAGACGAGAAGGGUCCACCCACACAACCGAUCUCGGCUUGCAUGCCGAACGCGAACAACAACACAUCGUCGGGCUCGUCGUCCGGCGCCGGGCGCAGCUCUCAGCAGCAAGCCGUGCUGACGUCACAGCAAGUCUGCAUCGACCAGAUGACGCUCGCCGAUGUCGAUGUACGCAACUGUGAUGAUAUGGCGGUCGUGACCACCACUCACUUGACAAAUAUGUCGCAGUACGCGCCGGCCGUGCUGCAGACGAUCACGAACCCGGACGGCACGGUGUCGCUCAUACAGGUGGACCCCAACAACCCCAUCAUCACGCUGCCAGACGGCACCACUGCUCAGGUGAUCCACAGCGGCGAGGGCGGCGCGGGCGUGGUGCAGACGCUGGACGGCGAGGGCGCCGUGGUGGACCUCAACGCCGUCGCCGAGGCCACGCUCAACCACGACGGACAGAUCAUACUCACCGGCGAGGACGGACACGGCUACCCGGUGUCGGUGUCGGGCGUGAUCACGGUGCCGGUGUCGGCGUCGGUGUACCAGUCGAUGGUGGCGUCCAUGCAGCAGCAGGACGGCGUGUGCGUGGCGCCGCUCGUGCAGUUCGGUACGCAGGUGGAGCAGGGCGAGACGCUGGAGGCGCUGGGCAUGGGCGGCGGCGUGGCGCAGGUGAUGCUGCAGGCGGGCGGCGACGCGCAGGUGCUGCAGGUGCUCAGCCUCAAGGACGCGCAGGUCCUCACCAAGGCCAUGCAAGUAAAGGCUGAACGCGACGCGGUGGUCGCGGACUCCUAGCUGCUAACCCUGGUGGCGUCGUCCCCGCCGCCCGACUCCGCCCCGGACUGCCCCGAGCUCCUCAGCGACGGCACAUAACCCCCCGCACCCCGCCCCCGCCACGCAGACUCACCCAGCGACUAUUACAUAUACCUCAACACGCAUGCUGAUUACAAAGGCGACGGAUGACAGUUCCAAACAUGAAAGUUAUACGCACCAAAGGUGACGAAUUGAUUCACUAUGCGACUCGGAAGGCGAGGCGUACGCAGCUGUUAUUGUUAUUCUAGAAUGAUCGGAGCGGUACCAAACGGUAUGAUCAAGUGAAGUCUAAAAUCGAUUAAACAAAAACUUAAGCCGCCUGUGGCGCAAGUACUGCGAUGUUGACGCGCGGUACUCGAAUUGGACGUUAAGUGUGCGGAGCCACCGUAACACCAUUAUUAACGUAUAGCAAUGAUGUCCAGUGAUUUCGGAGUGGUUUUGAAUUCUAGAAAUAAAUUUACCAUUAUAUAGGCUUAAAAUUUUGCCAUGAAAUGGGAUUUAAAUUAUUUGAUUAUUUCGAUGUAUGUAACUUAUUAAUUUAUUGAUAUGAAAAAUAAGACUAAUUUAUUUUAGAUGCAAAUCUAAGUUAGGUGGGGAACAGAUUUGUGCAAUAUACACCAGUCGCGUUUUAUUUUGUAUAGAUAAUUUCUUGUGCGGUUUUAUUAUUCGAGAAGCAUUCGUGCAAGGAGUUUCCUACAUAAAUAUACGUAACGUAAUAAUUCAUAACAUUCCUGUAAUUUUAUUGAUGCGAGUUUGUUGUACAUUUGUUGUUUUAUGUUUAGUUUAACUUAUGUUUGUUAUACCGCAACUAUUUAUUUAUUUAUUCUAGUCUAAACCAAGUCAAAAGAAACCUACUCUAGUCCGAGUGAAAUAUAGUUAAGAACUUUACCAAAACUUUUCUAUAAGUAAGUUUUGUAAAAUAAAUGUAAUUUAAAUAGUCCUCUGUAAUAUAAAUUCGUUAAAGAACAAUAUUAUAAUUCCUGCGCAGGGUUACCACAUAGUUCAUGAAGUUAGUACUCGUCGGUGUUUAACUCUUAUAAAUGUAUAGACUUAUUUCAAUUUGUGAUGUCUGUACGAAACUGAAUGUAGACAGUUUCCUAGUCAAGUAUUGUCCAGCAUUCAACAUUGGGAUUCAUUUACAAUAAUCCUAUACUGAAUAGGGUUUUCAAUGUAAUUCACGUUACAUAAUAAGGUUUAUAGUCGGGACUAAUGCGUAAGGUAGAAAUUAUAGAAAAGUACAAAAGCGCAGUUCAUGAGCGGAAUAUACUUUUUAUUUUAGUUUUAAAAGACACGAACGAAUAUUCAAUUUAUUUAGCUUUGUUUUAAUUCGUACAUAUUUUAUUUUUGUUUAUUUACCAUAGAACGUUUAUGUUUUGUCCUCUAUGAUAGUAUGAUAUAGCACAAUUUUGUUAUUAAGUACAAUUUGUGAUUGUAAAUAAUGGUAUGACUGUGUGAAUAUGGCAAUCAUUAAAGUAUUUACGUACA